AUGGAUGCACGUAGCAUGAAGAUGGAUGAGUACUGUCCAAUAGACAAUGACAGGGAGCUUGCUCAUCUCCCUUGUCACAAAUUUCCUUCCAAAUUUCGUUAUUUCCUAAGUGAGAGUUGUUCAUCCAUAACGGUAAUAAUCUUUUUAAUUAUAGAUUUAAUUUUUGCUUCCGCCACUGUAAUUGAAUUACUAUUGACCCAUGAUGACAGUGCAGCAGGUGGAUUUGGUAUCGGAUUAUUUGCAUCCAGUCUCACCACUGUGAUAAUCUCCUGCAUUUUUUUCUUCCAAAGGACUGAAACAAUAACUGGCACACAAGCCAAGAUGAAAUUCUUCUUAGAGAUCAUUCAAUAUAAACCGAACGCUACGUCGAAAUCAUGGGAUGUGAUAGCAGCACACAUGAACACGUACUUCUACAGGGAAGGUCAUUGGGCCAACGAGAAUUUCUUUUAUAGUGGCAAAGAAUGUUAUAAUUGGUUUAUGGAAUUAACUACUAAGGUGGAGUAUGUCCCCAUUGAACAACCUCCACGUGCUUCCCAGGAGGAUUCAAGUGAGCCCAUCGAAAACAGCAAGAAACCUACGCCAACAUCGACCACUUCCAUUCCUAUUGCUCAACCAAUCCCACAUGUGGCGGACGCAAACCCAAACGCAAACCCAGUGGUGAUCAAUAAAUGGGCCCAAAAUAAAACACCUACUAACAUCAUAUCAUCUAAAAAAAAAUCAAAGACCAAAAGCAAACAUGCCAUUAACGGAAAGAAUAGUCACUACGAUAGAUGA